UCCUACCCCCAGCGUCUUCCUUUAUGAGUCUGCGUCUCUCCCCGUUACUCUCGCAUUGAGACCCCGGGAGCUGAAACGAACGUGUGAACGAAUCUCUUACGCCUGGUUGACUCAGUGACAAAUCAGAAUGAAGCUGUGGAUCUUCCUCUGCAUGGGGCUCGUCGGGACAGCUCUGGCCUUGCCCGAGAGUUACCUGGAGAGUGCUUUGGAAGCCGAUGGCGAGGUCGUUGAGGAAUUGCCAAUGGAAGGAGGCAAUCCCGUGGAGGAGGAGGUGGAGUUUGAGGAUGAGUCGUGGGCGGAGGGGAAGGAGGAGACCAGAGAUGACGCCUCUGGGCCGUGUGGGUCGUACCACUGCAAGGAGGGGAAGGUGUGCGAGGUGGACGAAACCAACCAGCCCCUGUGCAUCUGCCAAGACCCCUCGACGUGCCCCAAGGUUAUCAACGAUUUUGAAAAGGUGUGCGGCACCGACAACACCACCUACGGAAGCAGCUGCCACUUCCACGCUCACAAGUGCUCCCUGGAGGGCACCAAGAAGGGACGCAAACUGCACCUCGACUACCUGGGGCCCUGCAAGGAGAUCACCCCUUGUGAUGAUGCGGAGCUGUCCGAGUUCCCACUGCGCAUGCGCGACUGGCUCAAGAACGUCCUCGUGCAGACCUACAACAACAACCCCUCCCAGCUCACCGACAAGCAGCAGAGCCGGGUGAAGAAGAUGGUCGAGAACGAGAAGCGUCUGGAGUCCGGAGACCACUCGGUGGAGAUCCUGCGGCGGGACUUCGUGAAGAACUACAAGAUGUUUGUCUACCCCGUGCACUGGCAGUUCGCUCAGCUCGACAGCACUCUGGGAGACCAGUACCUCUCCCACUCGGAGCUGGCCCCACUGAGGGCCCCGCUGGUACCCAUGGAGCACUGCACCACGCGCUUCUUCCUGUCGUGCGACGCCGACUCGGACGCCUACGUCUCCCUCUCGGAGUGGGCUGCGUGCUUCGGAGUCAAGCCCGAGGACGUGAGCGAAGACCUGCUGAUGUAGAAGGAGACAAGAGAAGAGAGAUAUAUAACAUCCAUUGCAAGACGCACUCACACGCACGCAUGCACACAUGCAUACACUUGUAUACAACAUUGUACAACAUGCACUUGUAUACAACAUUGUAACUAUUUUAACACAAAGACACACACGCACCCUAACUAUUGACAUGUACUACAUACGUAAGUAUACAUGGGCGCGCACUCACUCAUGCACUCAUUCACACACUUACACGCUCACUCACACACUCACUCAAUUACUCACACACUCACUCACACACUCACUAACAUUCUCACUUACUCACGCACUCAUUCACACACUUACUCAUACGCUCACUCACACACUCGCUCACUCACACACACGCGCGCGUGCACUUUCCUGCCAAGGAAAAUCCUCUGUAGGUGGCUUAAGGACCAAUAAAUACUUUCCUCCAAAAGUCCACGGUGCAAAUGAGCGGACAGGGAGGAAGUCUCCCUCGGCGUUUAUCAGGGCAAGUGGCUUCCUGUGAGGAGCUCCAGACCCCAUGGUGCUAUUUCUGAGGGAUGUGUCCAUUCACAACCCAUCGCUUCGGCGUGCUGCAGUGGAGUGAAUCUGUGGGAUUCCACGGUGGGGUGAAUCUGCAGACUCCUGGGCGGAAUGAAUCCGCAGUGGAGUGAAUCUGGAGUGGGGUGAAUCUGCAGAAUUCACAGUGGACUGAAUCUGGAGUGGGGUGAAUCUGCAGAAUUCACAAUGGAUUGAAUCUGGAGUGAGGUGAAUCUGCAGAAUUCACAAUGGACUGAAUCUGGAGUGGGGUGAAUCUGCAGAAUUCACAAUGGACUGAAUAUGGAGUGGGGUGAAUCUGCAGAAUUCACAGUGGACUGAAUCUGGAGUGGGGUGAAUCUGCAGAAUUCACAGUGGACUGAAUCUGCAGGACUCGCAGUGGAGUGAAUCUUCAGAAUCCACACACUCGCACGGCAGUCGUUCCUCGUGUCGAGACGUCUCCCUCUCUCUGGGUGUUUCUGGCUCCUCAUCAGCUGGGCAGAGUCGAGCUCAAACCCCGGGGUGCGUUCUCCCUUCACCCCCCUCAAUCUCUUGCCCUCUUCCCCUCGGCCUCUCCUCCGGUCUCUCCCUCCUGGCUUCGUCUCUUCGCCAUGCGCCGUUCUGUUGCCGACUUUUUAUCUUAAAUACACACAAACGGGAGAUCGUG